ACACCACAGCAAGCUCUCUCAAGUGUUUUUUUUAAUGGCUGUCAGUUUUAAUGGUUGGAUUUCUCUAAGCUCGAACCUGAAAGAAAGUCAUCUUUCGACCCGAAACGGCUUCUUUCUUUCGCGUUACUGUGUUUAAUCUGGUGCACGGAAGUUGCCAGCUACAGCUCCCCAGCCCGAAACACCAACGGGCCCCAGUCGCGGUGGCCACAUUCAGUCAGCCAAGAGCGUAGCAAAUAUCAGUCGAUAAUUACGACGAAACGGAACGCCCUGGGUCUGUGCCUGGCUGGUUCGUGUAAAUAAACCACGUUGGAGUGAUUCUUUUUCCACCCCCCCUCGUGUAAUCGUGUAAUUGACGAAACCACACAACAGCACGCAGUAGACGGAAGGAAGCAUUGAAGGAUCUCUCCCUAAUCCAAUGUCUAAACUAAACUCCCAUGGGGCUACAGGGCUUAAGAAUAUUAAUCUUGAAGAGAUAUGGACCGAUCUGGAAGCUGGGAUAAAGCAGGUGUACAAACGGGAGCUCAGUUUGGGCAUCGCACGCUACAUGGAACUCUACACACAUGUCUACAAUUACUGUACGAGUGUCCACCAGCAGCCCAACUCGCGCACGGGCUCGUCGAAGAUAUCGAAAAAAGGCAUCAGCGCACCGCCGGGUGGGGCCCAGCUGGUCGGCCAGGAGCUGUACAAACGGUUGAAGGAGUUUCUCGAGAACUACCUCGUGCGGUUGCACCAGAAUGGGAUCGAUCUGAUGGACGAGGAAGUGCUGAGCUUCUACACCAAGCGCUGGGAGGAGUAUCAGUUCUCGAGCAAGGUGCUGAACGGUGUCUGCGCCUACCUGAACCGGCACUGGGUGAAGCGCGAGUGUGAGGAGGGCCGCAAGGAUGUGUACGAGAUCUACCAGCUGGCGCUGGUGACCUGGCGCGGCAACCUGUUCAAGCAUCUGAACAAGCAGGUAACGAACGCCGUGCUGAAGCUGAUCGAGCGCGAGCGCAAUGGGGAGACGAUCAACUCCCGGCUGGUGUCCGGUGUCAUCAACUGCUACGUCGAGCUCGGCCUCAACGAGGACGAUCCGCACGCCAAGGGUCAGAAUCUGUCGGUGUACAAGGAAAGCUUCGAGAACAUAUUCCUGGAGGAUACGGAACGAUUCUACACGCGCGAGAGUGCCGAAUUUUUGCGCGAAAAUCCCGUCACCGAGUACAUGAAGCGGGUGGAGCUGCGCCUGAACGAGGAACAGAAACGUGUACAGGUGUACCUGCACGAAAGCACACUGGACCGGCUGGCGGAGAAGUGUGAGCGUGUGCUGAUUCACAUUCAUCUCGAUCAGUUCCGGACCGAGUUCCAGAACUUGCUGAACUCGGACAAGAACCAGGAUCUGGGCCGCAUGUACUCGCUGGUCGCCCGCAUCAAGGCCGGUCUGUACGAGCUCAAAGAAAUCCUAGAAACUCACAUCCACAAUCAGGGCCUGGCGGCAAUAGAGAAAUGUGGAGACUCUGCUGUAAAUGACCCGAAAAUUUACGUCCAAACCAUUCUGGAAGUACACAAGAAAUACAACGCAUUAGUACUUACUGCUUUUAACAACGACAGCGGUUUCGUGGCAGCGCUCGAUAAGGCGUGCGGCAAGUUCAUCAACACAAACGCCGUCACCGAGCUGAGCAGAAGCGCCAGCAAGAGCCCCGAACUGUUGGCUAAGUAUUGUGAUUUGCUGCUGAAGAAGUCUAGUAAAAAUCCGGAGGAAGCGGAACUGGAGGACACGCUCAAUCAAGUGAUGGUUGUGUUCAAGUACAUCGAAGAUAAGGAUGUGUUCCAGAAGUUCUACAGCAAGAUGCUGGCGAAACGGCUUUGCCAACACAUGUCGGCCAGCGACGAUGCGGAAGCGUCCAUGAUAUCGAAGCUGAAGCAGGCCUGUGGCUUCGAGUACACCAGCAAACUGCAGCGGAUGUUCCAGGACAUCGGUGUGUCGAAGGAUCUGAACGAUCAGUACCGGAAGCAUCACGAGAAGCUGCGGGACACGCGCAGCACGACACAGAACGAGAUAGAUUUCAGCAUUCUGGUGCUAUCGAGCGGAUCGUGGCCAUUCGGCCAGGGCUUUACAUUCUCCCUGCCCUUUGAGCUGGAACAGUCGGUCCAUCGGUUUAACAAUUUCUACGCCAAGCAACAUUCCGGCCGUAAACUGAACUGGUUGUACAAUAUGUCCCGCGGCGAGCUCAUUACGAACUGUUUCCGAAUGCGAUACACACUGCAGGCUAGUACCUUCCAAAUGGCCGUGCUGUUGCAAUUCAACGAAGAAACGGCCUGGAGUAUCAAGCAGUUGGGAGAAAACACUGGUAUCAACAAUGAAAAUCUUAUACAAGUGCUUCCAAUUUUGCUGAAGACGAAGCUACUUAACUGCUACGAAGGCGAAGGCAAGCUACACCCAGACUCCACCAUCGAGCUGAACAAGGACUUUAAAAACCGCAAACUCCGCAUCAACAUCAACUUCCCGCUGAAGUCGGAACUGAAGGUGGAACAGGAAGCGACACAUAAAAACAUCGAGGAAGAUCGUAAGAUACUCAUCCAGGCGGCGAUCGUGCGUAUCAUGAAGAUGCGUAAGAUGCUCAACCACACGCAGCUCGUGAACGAAGUGUUGAAUCAACUGUCCACACGAUUUAAGCCGAAGAUUCAAGUGAUAAAGAAAUGUAUCGAUAUUCUGAUAGAGAAAGAAUAUCUGGAACGUCAGGAAGGACAAAAGGAUACCUACAGCUAUCUGGCUUGAUCAGUGAUAAUUUUAAUCAGUAGUGUAGUUAUCUAAAACAAAAACACGUAUUUUCAAUAUCAAACAUCCUAGCUGAGCGUACGUAAAAUACAAAAUCCCCCUCCUCCUCUAAGACAGAACAAAGGUGCGCCAUUGUGAAAACACCUACAAAGAAGGAUAGCAACGUUUAAAUAGUAAAUAGAGGCGAUAGGCGCGAUCAAACGUGACGUAAAAAAAACGCAAACCAACAUAAACACGAAUGUAUCUUGAUAAACCAUACAGUGUGCAGCCACAGCCUCUCGGCCAAGGAACGGGAUAGUGACAUGUUACAGUAAAAAAAAACCCUCAGACACAUCCACAACAGCCAAAACGGUCCCGGAAAGAGAGCGUGCGUGUGUGAACGCACAUAAAGAAACAAUGACGUGAGAUGCAGAGAACUAUGUAGAAAUGAUGUGUGGAAUUGCUCAUGCUGAAUGGACAAUUCCACCGGAACCGGAAAACAAUGCCAGCAGCAGCAGGGGCAGCGACUGCAGCUAGCAAAAGGCGUCAGGCGCGUUGGAAGUGGAACGUAAAGGGCAGACAGACGAGAACAGACAGAGGGAGAACAACAACAAAAAGCUAUAGAAUAAUAAUAUUGGUUGUCUGUUUUGUCUUAGUUUGAUUUUUGUUUUGAGAUUUUAGCAGAAUUUUGAAAAUGUGACACAAACGUACACACAUGCUCACAGAAAUGGCUACGAACUACGUUUUUGCUUCGGACGCACAGCAAUCCUCUGUGAUGGGAAGAGAGUAAAAGGGAGCAUAGGCAAUCUGUUUUAUUUUGUUCAGUGUCCCGGACUACGCGAGUUGUUGUGUGACUGACUGUUACUAUAGUUUGAUAGUUUAAAAUGUGUGGACGAGCACCACCAUAUGCCACUCUGUUUCGUUACUCUGUUUUAAGAAUGGUUUGACUCCCAAUUCUUGUGUUAUCCUGCGCUGCUUCUUAGCUUUUGACUGGACAAUGCAUGUCCUGUGCAUAAUGAAACGCUUUUCGCUCCGAGAAAACCACUCCUGCAUGUGCGUUGAACCCCCCCGGAGUGCUAGGACAGUGCACUUUACAGCGCCUUUUUUCUAUUCAGCAACUUCUGUCGAUGUUAAUUUGUGUGUGUGUGUGUGUAUUAUGAUUUUAUGUUGAUGCUGUCUGUAAAAACUGAUUCUCUUACCAUGGAUGCAAGCGCGCAGCUACUGCUGUAUCGAAAACCCAUGUGGUGGGGGCGUACGGGGUCUGUGUCACAUGUACCAUUGCGAGCGCUAGUAGGGCUGUACACUACAUCCUGGUCGGUCAGUUCCAGAUCGCGCGAGGGACAAUUCUGAAUUCACUUAUAUUGUGUAGCUUUAAAAGAAGAAAAUCCUCUCGGUUCAUCUUUGAACAGCCUCUAUUGAACAGUGUACCCGAUGUUCGAGCUAGGGAUAGAGCUAGAAGGAUGAGGAGACAGAGAGAUACAGAGAACAAAGCUCUUAAAUAUUAAGGACAACUGAGCUGGGAAUAGCUUGGUUAAAAAAAGAAGAAAACUAACAGCGAACAUAAUUCAUUACAGAAUUUACUUGUGUAUGAUCGAUCCAGCCAAUGAUGAAAAUAAAACAAGGAUCUAAACAGCUAGAUAAA